AUGCUAUUCUGUUUUUUCACUACCACUCGUCAGUUGUUCCUCCUUGUUCAACUAGUUCAAGGCCUUGUCACCGGUCUUAGUGCGCCCCAAUUCGGUCAGGAUUAUUUUCUGGGCAUUCCCUAUGCUCAGCCUCCAUUGGGCAAAUUGAGGUUUGCAAAGCCCCGACCACUGAAACCGAAUCCGAGUCACAAGGUGGACGCCACCAAGUACGGAAAAGCAUGUUUUCAACCGCUUGAUUCCGCCUCGGGCCUGACAGUUUCCGAUUUGUCAGAAGAUUGUCUUUCUAUCAAUGUCCUCCGACCCUCGAACUUGCCCCAUGGUGCGAAACUUCCUGUGAUGGUUUGGAUGUAUGGAGGGAGUUUUCUUUCCGGUGCGUCGCAACUAUAUAACGGCUCGGCGAUCGUUGGGCAAAGCGUUUUUCUGAACGAAUCUAUCAUCUACGUCUCCUUCGAUUACCGUCUAAACGCCUUUGGUUUCCUUGGCGCCUCUGAACUGGCACAUGAUUCUGCCAUCGGAACGCUCAAUGCUGGCUUAUACGAUAUGAUUAGUGCACUGAAAUGGGUGCAAGACAAUAUCGGAGCUUUUGGAGGAAACAAAGAUCGAGUGACUGUAUUUGGUGAAUCGGCAGGCGCGAUUGGGAUUGGGUCUCUCCUUGUUGCUGGAGGCGGACAAUUUGUGAAACAGCACAAUCUAUUCCAUGGUGCCAUCAUGGAGAGCGGAGCUCCAGCAAGUCUCGCCAUUCCCACUGUAUCCGAUCUCCAACCCUCGACAGAUAUCUUUGCUGCAGUAGCAGGCUGUCUUCCAGCCUCCAAUUCCUCGAUCAUAUCAUGCCUUCGUUCGAAACCUUCUGAAUCACUUUACCAAGCAUCACUCGUGACAUUAAAUGCGAGCAACGCGCUCCCUUUCAACCGAGUUGUGGAUGGGUUCUUUUUCAAGAAGGGCGAACGUGCGGCAGAAGAGGUGAGAAGGGGUAACGUGGCAACUGUGCCUAUCAUCACGGGAUGCAAUCUCGACGAAGGGACGUUCCUCGUACCCCACACAUUCAAUACUACAGAAGAAAUUGGAGAUUUUCUCAUAGGAUUGACUUAUGUUGGAAAUCUUAGCGCAGCAACGCCAGAGCAAAGGAAGCUUUUCAAAAUUCUUCUGGAGUUGUACCCUGAUGUCCCCGCGAUUGGAAGCCCCUAUGAUCCGGUCGGGGUGAGUAAAGACGACCGGUUCUUUGGGCCGAAUAACCAAUUCAAGAGAGCUGCGAGUUUAUUUGGGGAUUUUAUUUUCCACGGUGGUCGACGCGCUUUGCUGGAUUCGUAUGUCAAGCAUGAUGUAUAUUAUCCAGCGUGGACGUACCUUUAUACCCAAGUGACUCCGGGAGUACCAGCAUACUUGGGUGUCUUUCACGGAAGUGAGGUACCGUCCGUAUUUGGCCUGUAUGGCUUUCAGAAUAGGACCUCGGAUCUUGGGAGAACUUCGUUAUAUAUGCUCAGCGCUUGGAUCGCUUUCGCAAAUUCCUUUGAUCCUAAUCGCCCGUACUGUACGGAAGGCAACGCCGCAUGUUACAAAUCGGGAAUGGGCACUUCGAUGUCAUCACGGAUGAUUUUCGAAAGAAUGGAAUAG